AUGAGAAUGGGACACCGAAGAUGCCGGUAUCCUUCCUAUGAGCGACAAAACGCCACCUCUCGUCGUGGCAGUAAUGAGCGGAGAUCUCGCUCUCCAACGCGCACGGGCUACAACUCCCGCAACUCGAGGAGCUUUAGCCGCUCUGAAGAUAGGGACUGUGGUCAUUAUGCGUCUCGCCAACCAAGCUUUGAAUAUCAUGGCCGCAAUCAAGCAGCCAACUACAGAGGCCGUGAAAGAGACGCAGACUUUAGCAUCCGUAAUGAGGACACCAGCCUUUCCUUUAGGAAUAAUAGAUCGUACUCAUAUGGACGAGGUCACGACGACGAAGUAGAUGAUUAUCCUGUGGGCUACGAUCACAGCUUCCGUGGUCGUGGCGGCCGAGGCGGUGCUAGAGGCUGGAUCAGAGGGGGUCGAGGGGGCACUCGUGGACUUGCCAUUGUUGGUAGGGGCCGUGGGCGUGGCAAUAGCCGAGGCCUGGCUAUUAGGCCGUGGCCGCGCAAUAUGUACUCCCGAAGCAGGAGCGGAAGCAGGGGAUCCGGCGCAAAUGAGACGUGGUCAUCCGCCUACCCAAAUGAUUUGAAUUAUGAUAACGACGCCGAUUAUGAUGAUGCAGCUUCUGAAGCUCGGGAGAGCAGUGUAUGGCGCACUGAUUCCAGACACAGCAGGGAUGACAGCAGGGCUGGCUCGAUAGACAGGCGCUCAUCACUUGGCCUAGAUCACCACAGAAAAGACACAUCGCACUCUACCGCUGGCUACCGUGAGAUCAACAACUACAGAGAGGCAACCGAUAGCAAUAGCAUUAAGAUCAGCAGCAGCCGCCAUAGAGGUGGCCCAGCAUUGGCCUCGGCGCAGCCGCAGGAGUACCAGCCUCCUGCCAUGGACGAGUCAUGCACCUCAACUCUAGUUUCAAAAUUCGGUCGAUUUAAGGGCGUUAUUCCGUUUGCUCAAAUGGAUGAUUGUGUCAGACGGACGCUAUUUCUGCGCGCACCGCAUGAUUCUCCAGUGAGCGCUUCGGAUCUCCGUGAUUGGUUUUCAGCAUUUGGAGAGAUUGCGGACGUGCUGUGCCUCAUCAACCGGACCGGCAUUGGGUACGUCAUGUUUUAUGAUUCGCGAUGCGCCCAGCAGGCGCUCAAGCAGGCUGGCGAGCAGAUUAUAAUCAACGGGGCUAGCAUUGAUGUACAAUCUUCAAGGCCCCGCCCUGAUGCACUGGGCCGCGCCCCCCAGAAGACAGAUUACCAAGGGACUGUUCUUUUCUCUCUUGUGGGCAGCCAAGCUGGGAUUAAGGAAUCUGACAGGGCUAUUUUUGAGAAGAUCGGCGACAUUUGCGCCUUUUAUCCUUACCAAAACGAUCCCAGCCAGUGGGUUGUAGAGUACUUUGACUGCCGGGCGGCAUUCGAGGCAGGGCGCCCAAAGGCGCCUCCACCGCCUGGCCCUAGAAAUGGGCACCGCGCGCCAAGCGCGGACAACCUUAGAGCUCGCAAGGAUAUGCAACAUCACAGCGCUGCUUGGAAAAUGUUGCUUGGAGAUAUGGGGCAACAACAGCAGAAUCAGGAGAAUCAGGAGAAACCGUUCGAUAGGCUGCACAAUAGGUCAUUGGAACCUACACAGGCUGGGGUGGUCACCGCCAGUUCCAUUUCUGCGCUCUCUACACUGUCGCUGGCUUCUCCCGCGAUGAAAAAGCGCGCUACAGCCGCUCGGUGGAUAGGAGAGCUGGAUGAUGACAAUAUGGACAAGUAUGUGGAUUCUGCCAUAACCGCCAGCAAAUCAUCAGGUGCGAGCGGUGGCUCAUUAGACAUAAUGACGCGGCUGGCAUUGGACCCGAGCUUGAUCCAAAAGGCACAAGCAGCGAAGGAGCUUUUGCAGCAGCACCAGUAUUUGCUUGGGCUCGGCAUGGAUACACCUGCCGACAAAAACAGACAACUAGUGCCACCCAACCUCGCAACAACAUUGGAAAAUUCCAUGCAAGUAGCCGGCAAUGGCAGCUUUAAUAGCACUGCAGAUUUAGCAUUUUCGACCGAGCCGGCACACGGGUUCGCUCGCAAUGACAGCAGAGAGACUGUGGUUGGCGAUAACGAAGUCAGCGCUUUGGUGCCCACCGCAGCUGCAGUGUCUGUCGAUGUGCAUGCUCUCAAUGCCGCCGCGGCGAGUGCAUCGGCAGCAGUGGCAGCAGCAGCAGCAGAAUCAGCAGCAGUAAAUAUGAAUAGUUUGCUGUCAUUAGCUGUAGUAGAGGGUUUUCACUCGCCUGUCACGGCUGUGCAGCAGGACCAGCAUUGGCAGCAAAGUCAGAUGCAAUUGCCAAAGUCUCAAGCACCAUUCGCAAAUGUUGAGACCAAUAGCAACGCGGAUGAUAUCAACCGGUUGCUCGGGAUCCUUGCACAGGUGCAAAAAUCAUCGUCAGCACCAUCAUCAGGAUCAGUACCAGCGCCGGUUACAGCGCCAGCAGCAGUGACAGAUGUAAAAAAGUAACUGUUGAUCUGUAAUCCAACACGGCGGGUGGGUAUUUCCACUAUUUUUCGUUACGUAUUAGAUAAUAUAUAUUAAACAUUGAAACAUA